UAAAUCAGAAAAAUACUGUUCUCAGCGUCUUUCCUGGAUUAACCAGAGUAACGGGGAAGUUGUCUCAGAAAAUAAAUGUCGCAUGUGUAAUAGGCCUAUAGUGUUGGAACAUCAGAACAAUUUAUUCACCGGUAUCAUUGUGGGGUAACGUUAGCGACAGAUCUCAGAUAAAUAUCUGAAAACAAAACCAACCUCCAGCUAUUUGCACAGCUAGAUACCACUAGAGGCUCAGUGGUUUUGGCCUCUUUGACACCUUGUGAAGACCGUCCCAGGCGGAGUUGACCAUACAGGGGAAUCAAAUCAAAUGCGCAACUACACACGAUUCUGACAUACAAGGUCACUCAUCAGGGAGCCAAGGUUUGGCUCUGACUCUAAACACAGCCAGCCUUCAACCUGAAGCCUGCCUUCUCCUCUGAUCUGCUGACUCACUCUGCACAUAGUGGACCAUUGAGUCCAGGAGGGAGGAAUACCAGGAAGAGUGGAGUGGCAAGGAGAGGAGCGUUUGUCCUCAGCCGGUGGAGCUCUGAUGGGAGGCAGUGCUGGCUUUGGCUGGGACUGGGGAUGCUGAACAGGGGGAGGGAGGGCCUGUUUGAGCUGGGACAGCAGCUCCAGCAGCAGGGGGAGUAUCAGGCCGCCCUCCACUGCUUCCUCAGCUGCCUGUUGGGACUGACCCAUGUGCAGAGCUUCACCUCUCUGCCCAACUGCCUACACCAGAUCGCAGAACUCUUCAUCACUGAAAAGAAUUAUGAGAAGGCCCUGCAGUUCAUCCAGGCUGAGAAAAUGUUCUAUGAGGUGGCAUUGAUCGAGCUCACAGCUCUUCAGGGGAGCACAGGGCCUCAGGAGGAGGCUACCCUGGGCUCUGCAGGAUGGACAACCCCAGAGGAGCUUUCGGAACAGGCCUCCCAGGCACAGCAGCUCGAACGGCUGGCCCAGCUCUGCAUCAUGAGCAAACAACCUCAUCUUGCUCUAGAAUACAGUGGUAAGGCUGCAAAGAUCCACCAGAGGGCUUUUGGUAAUGACCACCCCAUUACAGCCAGAAGCCUGGAGCUUAUGGCCACUGUCUAUGCUGAGAUCGGCAAGACUGAAUAUUCAGAUUCCCUGGGUCAGUGUGUGUCUGCACUGUCCAAACACUUCGCUGCUGCAGAGUCCAUCAGAGACACCGUCAACUGUAUUCCUCAUUCCCACCGGGAGAAACACUCAGAGGUCCGCCACAGAAAGGACACCCACCACCAACAGGAGGACGCACCGAAACCUAUGGUGACCAAUGGCAAAGUCCCCACCUCAAUUCUAAAGAGGCCAAGUCCCAACUACGGGUCAGACACAGAACCCAACCACAGACGGAAAAGCGAAAGGAGGGUUCGAUUCAGGGAGCCAGAGACCACAGUACAUGACAUUCCUUACUGUGACUGUUUAGGUGCCUAUGAAACGACACCAUCCCACCCCCACCUCGCACUGUUCACUUGCCUCUUCCUCCUGAUGUCAUUCCUGGGCGUGGCCAUGUACUGCACAGACCGGCGGCGCCCACAGCGAGUGUGCGAAGAGCUGGAAGCCGCUCUGGCCAUCUACCUGCUGCAUAUGAAAAAGCUUCUGUGGGGCUGCUGGAUAUGGCUGACCAUGCAGUGACUGACGCCAACCAGAGGCGGAGACAUAGAGCCUCCUUUAAUUUUUUCAGACCCCUCUUUUUUUUCUCUCUGAAGCGGAGCCUAGGCCAACAAACACCUCAGCCUUUUGUCAAGGCUCUGUGAACUGUCUGUGGUGUUGAACCACUCUCGCAGUGACCAAGGGAAAAAUAUGUAAUCCCAGAAAUAUGUAGCUUCCAUGUCUGUACUGUAUGUACAUAUGUGCUAAGGAGGUGGGCACGCCACUCCUUAAGUUAUGAUUUUGCACAUCUGCAAUGUUGAUGCUCACGUAUAACAAUCACCUAAUCACCACAACCAUUGGAUACAUGUCACAGUCUAUUGUAUGUGAGUAAAUGUUUCCAUGGAAUGCAAAUAUUUAUUUUGUUAAUGAUACAUGAUUUGUGUAUAUCAAAUAUUACACAGAACUGAAUGUGUAUGUAUAUGGUUCAAUAUACUAAGGACUAUCACAAUAUUCAGCCUUGUAAUUUUGCACAUAAAUGAAUGUAGAGAAUGUUUGGAAACAGCUUUGAUUAGCACGCCGCACAUUCGAGAGGAGGGCAAACGGAUGGAAGCACAAAUGUGUGAACUGUUGGAGUUUGAUCCAUGAGGAAGAAAACACAGGGCUGCAUCACUUCACAGUACCAGGUUAAAUAACUAACAGAUGAAAAACACCUCUUUAUUUACAGACUCUCUGGUCUUUGUACAACUGACUGUCCUUCAGCAGACUCCUAGCUACACUGAGGAGAAUAUCUGCAGCACAAUGUUAUGAAUUCUCUCUCCUUAUCUAUUGUCCGAAAGAAUAUACUCAAACUGAAUGAAUGCUAAUGCUUUUGACAGUGUUUCUCCUUAUAACCGCUUGAAUCCCACAAAAUAUCCUUUAUCUUAAAUGGUAUUUAUUCUUCUAUACUGUAUAUCUGCAUCUACGCAAAUAUCCAACUUUCAAUUAUUUUAGAUUUUUUUAACUUUUUGUUACCGGUAACAUUUCUAUUUAAAAACAAUAAUAUUCAGGUUUAAAUCGUGAUGUCAAAUGCUUGUCAAGCUUUGGACAAAUGUAUGGAUGGACAAAUAUUUGCAAUACGUAUAAAAACAUGUUUAAUUUUAUUAAGUUCAUUACUACUAAUAUGAGGCCAAACACAGAAAUAUAACAAUCACAUUCUGUAUGUUAUUGUAUGAGUCCCUUUAUGAAAUGAAGCAAAUAAGUCAGACCACACAAAUGGAUUAUAGGAAUUAAAGGACACAGUGAUGCACAUCCCACAGACCUCUCAUUAUGAGCAAUAAGACACAUCACAUAGUUUCCAGUAAAACAUUUCUCUUUAUAUAACAGAUUUCAGGGAACUCAAAAGGAAAUAGGUUUCGCAUUUGAAUGUCAAAGCAAUAUAAGGCUAAUAACGCCCGUAUAGAAGAAACACUCUCGACUCUGUACUGUCAAACUAAAUUGUCAUUGGCAAUAAACAAUACCCAGUGAACUUGUGUCCUGCAUAUGCACAUUUAGCUUAGAAGCUGCAUUUCAUGGCUGUCCAGACGUUUAUGGUCACUUUGAAAGAAGUGCCUUUAUGGAGGGUUUUCUUAGUUCCUACCAUUUUUAUGAUUUCAAUUGUUUUGAAUAAAACUGUCAUUGCCUAUCAAAGUCAA